UGACCACCUAAGCCUGGCAUCCUGACCACCUAAGCCUGGCAUCCUGACCCCCCAGCUGAGCCCCAGGGUGGAGGGGGGCACUGAAGCCCCCAGAGCAGCUCGUCACAGCCACCACAGCAACCCCCUGGGACCUCUUGGGAUUGUAAUCCUGGGAAAAAACAGCUGCAAAUCCAGCAGGACUCUGGAUUCCAAACCGAAAUAAAAUUUACUGCCAAACUUCCAGCAGAUCUGCUUUGGGACUGAGGCUGGGACACUGCUGGAAGAGCAUCUGAAGGCAGCAAACUGUGCUGAGCAGGGGUCCCAAGAGACUUUUCCUUGCUUGCUCCACGAUGAUCUCUGGUUAAAGCUCCUGACCACGUGUGGAAGAGGCAGAAGGAGCCUUUGCACCUUCCUCCCCAGCUCUGCUGGACCAAAAGCAAGCCAAUAUUUUUGGAUAAGAACUUUUGUGGGUUGGUGGAUCUCCUUGCAGGAUGUCUGGCCAGGACUCCGAGGACUUUGGAGCAGAAAUCCUCUCGGAAAAGUCUCGGAUGAUCCCUGGGCUGCCCCCCUAUGACAUGGAUGAGCAGCUCCUUCCCGGGGAGCCCCGCAGCCCCUGCUGCUGCCUGGCGUGGACCCUGCUGAUAGCAACCAUGAACUCCGUGGUCUUCCUGCUCAAUUUGCUCCUGAUGUUUGUUAUUUUCACCAUCGUGCUGCUCCCUACCAUCGUGGUGGUUUACUUUGGCUUCCAGUGCCACUCUCAGGUGCUGCACUCCUCUGCCCGCUACUGCAAGAGCAUCUUGGACGACAACAGCUCCUCUGCCCUCAUCAUCCUGGGCUUUGUCAUCAUGUCCCCGCUGCUGGUGGUGGCCAUGGCCGUGUACUGCAGCCUGGCCCGGCGCCUGCAGCUCCUGGUGUGCUUCCAGCCCUACAGCCUGGCCCUCUACAAGGGGGGCCGCUGGUGCUGUGCCAGGGGCUGCAACGCCCCCCUCAAGGCCUGGGUGUGAGCCUGCGUCCCCUCCCUGGGCCUCAUCCUCAUCCUCAUCCUCAUCCUCAUCCUCAUCCUCAUCCUCAUCCUCAUCCUCAUCCUCAUCCUCGUCCUCGUCCUCGUCCUCGUCCUCGUCCUCAUCCUCAUCCUCAUCC